GUGCGGCGGCGGGCGGCGGGCAGGGCGGAGCGGCGGCGGAGGCGGGCGGCAGCGGCGCCCGGACCGUCAGUGCGCGGCGCUGCUGGGCGGCUGAGCGGCCGCUGCCUGCCGGCCAUGUCGGGCCGCGGCAAGUCCGGCGGCAAGGCGCGGGCCAAGGCCAAGUCGCGCUCGUCGCGGGCCGGGCUGCAGUUCCCCGUGGGCCGCGUGCACCGGCUGCUGCGCAAGGGGAACUACGCGGAGCGGGUGGGCGCCGGGGCGCCGGUGUACCUGGCGGCCGUGCUGGAGUACCUCUCGGCCGAGAUCCUGGAGCUGGCGGGCAACGCGGCCCGCGACAACAAGAAGACGCGCAUCAUCCCGCGGCACCUGCAGCUCGCCAUCCGCAACGACGAGGAGCUCAACAAGCUGCUGGGCGGCGUGACCAUCGCGCAGGGCGGCGUCCUGCCCAACAUCCAGGCCGUGCUGCUGCCCAAGAAGACGCAGAGCUCCAAGAAGUGAGCGCUGUGCGCCCCUCCCCUGCUCCUGGUCCCCCCCGCCUCGCUGCUGCCUGCCCUGCCGUCCCCGUGGGGAUGGGCAUCCCCUUCCUGCCCUUCCAGCCCGGCUGGGUGGCCGGCCCUGGCUGCAGCCCGCCAGCCCUCCGCUAGCCCCCCCGUCCUGGGCUGCGGUGGGGAGCUGGGGGAGCAUGGGUGAGGUCUGCUUGUGCCCCCGCCCUACCCCUCUUCCCUCUGGAAGAAGCGUUUUUGGAGGAGACGACAAGAGCAUGGCUGUUGGUGGUGUCUGGAGCCGUGUGGUCGGGUCGCUGUGCGGAGCUGCUGCUAGCUGCUGAGGACUGUUUUGGCUGGCGUGGGGAUGGACAUGGGUCCCCACAGCUGCCUCUGGCAGCCCUGGGGCUCUGCGGGGCCCCCCCGGCUGGCCCUGCUCACCCCAGUGCAACGAUGGGACUUGCCCCUGCUGCGCACCCCCUUCAACACCAUCCCGGCUGCACUGCAGUGGAGAGGGCAGGGGGCUGGAAAAUGUGAAAGGAGAAGUUUCUCCAUCAGCAAGAAGUGACUGUUAGUCUUAGUUCUGUUCAUGGUAAAGCUAGUGCGUUGCCUACUGUAAAGAAGCUCUGGUCCUAUUUAUUUUGAGUUUUCAUAUUUCGGGGUCCCUCCCUGCCAAGGCACCUUCCUGCAGCUCCCCCAGCUUGGUGGGCACCGAGGGCUCUGCGGUGCCGUGGGUUCUGUCGGCGGGGGGGUGCAGUGACAAAUCCCCUCGGAGCGUCGCAAGGUCAGGCGCCUGCCGCGGGGAGCGGGAGCUGCCAUCUUCUGCCGUGGCUCCCCUCUUCUCCCGGCGCGGAGCGGCUCCCGGCUGCAGAAGCCCUUCGUGUCACUGAGAGCUACCUUGCACCCUGAUUGCACUUCUGGAAACGACAUGCUGUGUCUCCUUUCUGUUUGUUCAACAUGAUUUUGGGGUUCUGAGAAAUAAAGUGACGAUGCUAUCUGUUAACUGUAA